UCGUUAUGGUAACGUGGCCCGCGUUGUAGGCUCGGGCGGGAGAGUGCUGGCGCUCGGAAUCCUGGAGACCCGGGGAGACUAGGACUGGCGCAGCUCUAGUUCGCACGCGGGAGACGAAGCUAAUUCCGCUGGGUCCUGACGGGUGGCACACGCGCCGUCACCAUGCUGCCUCUAUGUUCAGAGCCGGAACUGAGUGAGCUUUUGGCUCGAAAGGAGGAGGAAUGGCGAGUCCUCCAGGCCCACCGUGCGCAGCUGCAGGAGGCAGCUCUACAGGCUGCUCAGAACCGCCUGGAGGAGACACAGGGGAAGCUGCAGCGCCUACAGGAGGACUUUGUUUACAACCUUCAGGUGCUGGAAGAGCGGGACCGGGAGCUGGAGCGCUAUGAUGUUGAGUUCACCCAGGCCCGCCGGAGGGAGGAGGCCCAACAAGCAGAGGCCAGUGAGCUCAAGAUAGUGGUGGCCAAGCUGAAACAGGAACUUACCAGGGAGGCCAGGCGCGUGGGGGAGCUGCAGCAGCAGCAUCAGCUAAUGCUGCAGGAGCAUCACUUGGAGUUGGAGCGCGUCCACAGUGACAAGAACAGCGAACUGGUCCACCAGCGGGAACAGAAUGAGCGCCUGGAGUGGGAACUGGAGCGAAAACUGAAGGAACUCGAUGGUGAACUUGCUCUGCAGAGACAGGAGCUGCUGCUGGAGUUUGAAUCUAAAAUGCAGAGAAGAGAGCAUGAGUUCCAGCUGAGGGCUGACGACAUGAACAACGUAGUCCUGACGCAUGAGCUCAAGAUAAAACUACUAAACAAAGAGCUGCAAGCUCUGAGAGACGCUGGAGCACGGGCAGCAGAGAGUCUGCAGAAGGCAGAAGCAAAGCACAUGGAAUUAGAGAGGAAGCUGCAGGAGCAUGCCCGGGAACUCCAGGAUCUGGAGGCUGUGAAGGAUAUUCGGAUAAAGGGCUUGGAGAAGAAGCUUCACUCGGCACAGCUGGCCAAGAAGAAAGCUGAGGAGACUUUCAGGAGGAAACAUGAAGAGCUUGACCGUCAAGCCAGGGAGAAAGACACAGUGCUGGCAGCAGUGAAGCGCGCCCAUGCAGAGGAGCUGCAGACUCUGGAUGCCAAGGUGCUGGAGCUUCAGUUCCGCUGUGAAACCCUGGAGGGACAACUGCGCAGGGCUGAGUGCACUCGAGCUGAGGACGCCAAGGAGAAGAACGCCCUUACGGACAAAUUUCGUGACGAUGCGGCAGCUCUGAAAGCUGCCUGGGACGCCCAGAUCACACAGAUGUCCAAGGAGGCUGUCUCCAAAGACUUUCAGAUUCACACGCUGCAGGAAGAAGAGAUGAAGCUCAAGGCACAGGUGGCCAGAUUCCAACAGGACAUAGACAGGUACAAGCAGCAGCUGUCCCUGGCAGUGGAGAGGGGACAGAGCCUGGAGCGUGAACAGGUACAACUAGGCCUUGACUGGCAGCGUCGCUGCGAUGAUAUUGAACGAGACCAGAUCCAAAAAUCGGAGACUUUGAUCGAAGGGCUGACCAAGGCCAGGGAUCAGGUCGCUGCUAAGCUCCAGGAGACAGAGAAGGCACUGCGUCAGCAGGAGACUCUGCUGAAGGCUGUGUCACUGGAGCGAGACCAAGCUAUGGAAACCCUACGUACACAUGGGCUCCUUCCUGGACAGGAGGCACAGGUACCUCCUCAGCAGCAUGAAAGAGAAAUAAGGGCAGAUUCUCCAUCUACUGAGAUCCAGAGGCUACAGGAACAGAAUGCAGGUCUGCGGAACGCUGUUUCACAGAUGCGGAGAGAGAUGGAGAUGCUGAGCAGUCAUCUCCCCCCUGCCCAGCCAGAAGAGUGUUCAAAUGCAGACCCUGAUCCCAAGGCUGGAGGAGACUCCACCCCUCCAGAUUAUGUUCUGACCCUUGAAGCAGAAAUGCAAAACCUAAAGCAUAAACUUAAGGCAUUGGAAGAACAGCUACAAAGCACAGAAGAGCCAGUGAAGAUGUCCGUGGCCACUGCUAAUCCAUACCAUGGUGCCCACAGCUCUGCAGCAGCAGCUGACGCAGCCCUGGCAGACCAGACAUCCACUGCAUUAGCACUCAGAAAACUUGGAGACAGAGUGCACCUCUUGAACUUGCUGGUGACACAGCUCAAAAGGAAGCUGCGGCAGAAGCCCUGGGAGCUGGUCCCUGUCCAACACGAGGUCCCCAGUGAGGUGGACCAGGUGCACCUGGAGGUUUUGGAGCUGCAGAAGCAGGUGGCUGAGUUAAGGAAGCAUCUCAAGGUGACACAGCCCCAGGGAGAGCCUUCAUCCAGGGAGCAGUUACAGAGACAGGACCCCAGGCACACCAAGAGAAGAUGUGUUUCUGAAUAUGCAGGGAAGAGUCAACCCCACUCAGCACAAGUGGGCAGCAAAAUCAACACCCCACGAGGCCACGAGGCGGAAAUGGCAUCAAGGCCUGCUCAGCUCUCACAGAAGCAGCAUAGAAUCCCCACAGAGACUUGGAAGCCAGUUCAUCAGAAAGAAAACAGGACCCCAAAGCUACCACAGGCUCAAGAAGUUCCUGAAGAAAGUGACCACCGUACCCACAGAUCGUCUUCAUUGGCCAGCAGUUCCCUCCAAGACACCUGGAGGCUUCUAGAGCUGGGAUCCAGCCCUUCGGGCGUCCCCUCACAGGAUAACUCUGCUGCAGAGUGUCCAGCACCUCCAGGACCCAGCUGUUUCCAAAAGGUCAACCGGAGCCCUGUCCCCAUACAAAAGGUCAACCGGAGCCCUGUCCCCAUACAGAAGGCCUUUGCUGUCAAAGGGCUAAAGAUGGAGGCUCAGCCAAAAGCCACACACCCCAGACCCAUCAAGUCUCACCCAACUAAACCUACAAACUGCCAGCAGCAGCGGCCCCCUAGGAUCCGCAACUACAACCUCAAGGACUAAGUCUCAGCCUCCUGCAGGGGACUGCACAGGGGCUCCACCUUGUACGUGGGGCCUGUGGUUAUACAAGUUGGGAGUGAGAAUACACAUGGUAUACAGGUGGGUUGUGAGCACAGGACAGCAUCCCAAAUGAUGGCCUUCCUGAUGCUAAAGAGCAAUUAAAGCCUCCUCCAUCUGCUUGGCCUGU